GGCAAGAUGGAGAGCAGCGUGUAUCUGCCUCCUGAAUUGAUCAUGCAAAUUCUGUUAAGGUUACCGGUGAAGGCUCUAUUACGUUUCAGGUGUGUCUGCAAAUCAUGGCUUUCUCUAAUUUCUAAUAACAAUUUUGCUACUUCACAUUUUGAACAUGCUGCCACACAUAGACGUCUCUUCAUAAAACCUUAUGCUCUUCAACCUUUAUCCAUAGAUUUUGAUUCAUGGCUUCACGAUGCUUCUGCAUAUGCUUCAUUACGCCUUGAUUUUUUUCGUCCCAAACGUCAUCUUGAAAUAAGAGGUUCCUGUAGAGGAUUUCUGCUUUUGCACGAUGGCACAUACAUCUAUAUAUUGAAUCCAUCCACUGGUUUGAUCAAACAAAUACCCGACUUUCCUAUAAUACUUAAUGAUGGUUACGAACUUCUUUCUGGUUUUGUAUAUUACCAGCCAACUGAUGAUUACUUGAUAUUUUCCGGGUUCUGCGAACUUCAUCUGAAUGAUCCAGUAACUAGAUCAGUUAAAUUGAUGAUUUUCUCAUUGAGAGCAAAUAAGUGGAAACCAAUUGAGCUUGCUUCUCAUUUGCCUUAUAUGGAGACUUCUAUAGCGGAAUUUACCCCUAAAUGUGGGUUGUUCUUGAAUGGAUCUAUCCAUUGGAUGGUUCAUAAUUAUGAGAAAUCAAAGAAUGUUAUUAUUUCCUUUGAUAUAAAGGAAAUGACGAUAUCAGAGAUAGCUCUGCCAGAUGAUUUUAUUCUCAGUUAUAGUAAUAAUUAUUCUAUAUAUCAUGAUUUGUUGCAAGUUGGAGGACUUAUCGGUGCAUGGGUGGGGCACCUGAAUACAGUGAAGAUAUGGGUGAUGCAAAAAUAUGGAGUUCACUCAUCUUGGACUAAGAUUAUUCAAUUUUCUCUUGAUCCUGUUUUGCACAAUUCUUUAGACAUAGUAUGCUUAACAAAGUGCGGUGAUAUUGUUGGAAGAAAUAAUGAUCGAUUGGUGAAGUUUAAUGAAAAAGGACAGCUACUAGAGUCUCUUCUUUUAGACGGGUCCGAAUUGGUCGUGUAUAUAGAGUCUGAGUCUCUGUUUUCACUCCCCGGCACUGUGUGA